AUGGCACUUCGAGAGCCGGGAUACGUUCGACUGAAGCAACUGGAACACUGUUAUGUGAACAGGUCGUUGGAAGAGGCAUUCUCGAUCGAAACUCUGCUCGAUACACUCCUUUGCUUAUACGAUGAAUGCUGCAGUUCUACAUUGCGCAAGGAGAAGAAUAUCGCUGAAUUCGUUGAAUAUGUAAAACCAGUCGUAACAAAAGCAAAAGCGUUACGAUUAUGUCGAGAAGACUUCGACGUACUGAAAGUGAUUGGUCGAGGAGCAUUCGGCGAGGUGGCAGUGGUACGCAUGAAGAACACCGAACGGGUAUAUGCGAUGAAAAUUUUGAAUAAAUGGGAAAUGCUGAAACGCGCCGAGACGGCGUGCUUUAAAGAGGAACGAGACGUGUUGGUUUAUGGGGAUCGACGGUGGAUUACGAACCUGCAUUUUGCAUUCCAGGAUGAACGCAAUCUGUACUUGAUAAUGGACUAUUAUGUUGGUGGUGAUUUGUUGACAUUAUUAUCGAAGUUUGAAAUUCGAAUACCGGAGGAUAUGGCGAGGUUUUACGUUGCGGAAAUGGUUCUGGCCAUCGAUUCUGUGCACCAACUCGGCUAUGUACAUAGGGACAUUAAACCAGACAACGUAUUACUGGAUAUAAACGGGCAUGUAAGGCUAGCGGAUUUUGGUAGUUGCCUGAAAUUAUUGCCCGAUGGAACGGUGCAGUCGAAUGUGGCCGUUGGUACGCCUGACUAUAUAUCACCUGAAAUUUUACGGGUACGGAAUUUUUACAUGGUGAAAUGUUUUGAUGGUCGAGGUCGAUACGGAGCUGAAUGUGACUGGUGGUCAUUGGGUGUAUGUAUGUAUGAGAUGUUAUACGGGGUUGCGCCUUUUUAUGCAGAGAGUCUGGUGGAGACUUAUGGAAAGAUCAUGAGUCAUCAGGAAAUGUUGGAUUUUCCGGAUGAUAUUGAAGUGUCAGAAGAGGCGAAGGACCUGAUGAAGAAGUUGAUUUGUCCGCGUGAAUCGCGUUUAGGUCAAAACGGCUUCAGCGAUUUCGCUGCACAUCCAUUCUUCGAGGGUUUGGAAUGGGAAACCAUUCGGGAAAUGGAUGCACCCUAUCGACCCGAAGUAUCGAGUCCAACGGAUACGUCGAACUUUGACGUUGAAGCUUGUUCACCAGAUUUUACACCUUGUGAUACAAAACCGCCGAAUGUAACUGCAGCUUUUACUGGUCAUCACUUGCCGUUUAUUGGUUUUACGUAUACGUUUGAUAGUAUGUUAUCGGACUGCAAAACGUCAUCGCUCGCGAACGCAUUGGACUCAGCUGGUGAGCCAUCAGCAGCGCUCUCGAUGGAGGCUUAUGAACGAAAAGUGCAACGACUCGAGCAGGAGAAGAACGAGUUGGAACGCAAACUGAACGACGCCAAUCAAACGAUUCAAUCAAAGAAUAACGUCACAUCAGAGGCGCACAGUGAAGAUUCAGCGGCAGCAACAGUGAAUUAUGAGCAGAUCAUAGCGCAAUUGAAAGAUGAAGUUCAGAUUCUGAAGAAACGUCUCGUUGACGAAUGUAAUGCGUCGUUACGACCUGCAAAAGAGACGAGUUUAGAAGAGUUGGAGAAGAAGUUGAAAGAACUGAAGGAGAAGAACAGACAGCUGAUUCUCGACAAACAAGACUUGCAACGGGUAAGAUCGUCACCAAAUGAUGAGACUCCUCCAAAAACUUUUCUAUUGUUACCGCACCUCGCUACUUUGUAUGUGCCUAUGACAACAUCAUCUACUGCAGACUUGCCUUCUGGAUAUUGUUCAUCAUGUUGUUCAAGUAGUCUAUCGUCGUAUUCGUCCGACUGUUCAUCUUUUCUGGAGGCAUCUCACAGUCAUGCACAUUGUCACUGCCACAGUCUUAUAAGUGGUGGCUAUAUUAGUAAUAGCGGUGAUUCUGCUCUGGGUUGUGAUAAUCCACGGUGCAGUCUGAAUGUAAGUAAGAGUACGAAAUCAAAUCCAAAUCUGGUGGGUAGUUGUUGGCUUGGAAUCGAAGAAAGAGCUGAAUCUGAAGGAGUGAAGCUGGCGGAGAAACGUGGUGAUGCGUUGCUGGAGGACACAGACGGUUUACGAAGCCUUCUCAUGCCUCCUCCAUUGAUUCUAGGCGAUAGCUUUGCUUACAUAGGCACAAAAUGCACAGAGAGUACAGAUAAACAUCUAGACUCAGAGAGUACAGUUGCCGACGAUUCAGGUACAGGCGGCCAUACUUCUGUCCCUAACAAGCCUUCAGAAAACAUGACGAAUAAGCUUUUAGCAGCAGCUGGAGGAGGGUGUUCGUGUCAAUGUCGUUACCACUGUGGUGAUGUUAGGCCAAUACUUGUACCAAGCAUUUGGCCAUUUCUGCCGUCUUGCUGUCAAAACCAACACAUUAACGAGGCACAAGCACUUGCCUCCUCUGCUCUGAUCUCUCACCUAUACGUUGCGUUUCAUCGUGAGAAUUCGCAGCAAUCGGUGAGCUCUGUGUCAGGCUACGAGAGCGCCUUCCGAAGUAAUUUGUCAGAAAGCAGUGAUUUUGCUUCUGCAUCUGCAGCAGCAGCAACGGAAACAGUCUUCCAAUUUCCGCCGAUUGUGGAUGAACAGUGUGUUAACCGAUGUUCCCCUGAAAACUCGUCCUCAUGUCUUAAACAAACUACUAACAGUAAAGGCAAUAUCAAAGUGUCGCCUACAGCUAAGUCGAAGUUAGCAAAACAUGACGGAUCAUUGUGCAAUAGUUCUAUUGUGAAGAGUAGUAGCCGUGCUAGUAUUAAGGUGACAAGUAAUAAGAGUAAUUUUAUAGAUAGUAGUGGUAAGAGUGAUACUAUCAAAAAUAGUAGUAAUGAUAUCAAUAAGAUUAGUAAUGUUGACAUAAGCGAUAAGAAAGUCUUAAAUAAGAGCAAUUUGAUUGUGUUAGAUGAGCAGGGUGAUAUGAGACGACGUAAGAAACGAUCGCAGAUUUGUAUGCGAUCGAAUAGUCAGAAUAAGAAUAAGAUGUCGUGUAAUGAUGAACGAGGUGCGGCUUUGGGUAAUAGUGAAGGCAGUAAUGCCUCAAUUGUUGGUGAGAAAGCUCGUAAAGAAGAAAAGGAUCAGAACUCGGCUUUGAAUCAGCAGAUUGUAACCAGCAAUAAAAAGUUAAUAGCAAGUAUUAAGUUAGAAGCCAAAAUAAAUAAGGAACCAGAAAUGAGUCUAGAGAUUCCAAAGAAGCAAAAGAAAGUUUUAAAGAAAAGUCCAACGAUUUCAAAGGAAAAGAAGAAAGAUCCGGAGAGCAGUCGGGUGAUUUUGAAGGAACAGGCGAAAGAUUUGGAAAAGAAUUCAGAUGUCUCAGAGGAAAAGGAUAAAGAUCCCGGAAAAAACGCCAUGAUUUCAAAGGAACAAGAAAAGAACCCGGAAAAGACUGGGCCGAUUGUAAAGGAAGAGAAGAAAGAACCUGUAAAAAACCCCAUGAUUUCAAAGAAACAGGAAAAGAUACCGGAGGAAAAUUUGAAGGUUGUAAGGGAAAAGAAGAAAGAUCUGGGGAAAAAUCUUGUGAUCCCAAUGGAACAGGAAAAUGAUGCAGAAAAAAAUUGCACGCUUCCAAAGGAGCUGGAAAAAUCGAGCGGAGACAGCGCGACGAUUUCAAACGAACAGAAUCGAAGUGCCAAGAAUUCAAAUGGACGUGAAAAAGAUCAAGAACAAAAUGCGGCGAUUUCGAAGGAACCUAAGAAGGAUCUGGAGAAGAUUGCCGAUAAAAAACUGAAGACAAAAAGAGUUAAGAAGCCGAAAGUAGUAGUAAGUGCUCCAAAAGCGAGUCGCGUGCAAGACGAAAAUCAGUUCCUAAUCGAGGAUCUCGAAGAGACAUCAGAACGUUUGACAAUCCAAACACGAGAGCUGAAAGAAGCGGUUAAGCAUAGAGAUCUGGCGAAGCAGGAUUACGAUGAAUUGAAUACAGCCGUAUUGGACGAGAGAGACAAAUCGAAACGUUUCGAGAAAAUCGCAAAAGAGCGUGAAGCCGAAUGCUCACAGCUUCAGCAAAAACUUGAUGCACUCAAAAUUGAUUUGCGGAAAGCAGAUACUGCUCGUCAAGAAGCGGAGUGCAACUCGGAGCGUGUACAACAGGAGUUGGCAAAUGAGAAAGUUCGUCGUGAGACACUUCAAUCGAAACUCGAAUCACAGAACGCGAAGAACGAGAGUGAGGAGGUGAAGCGGUUGUCUGACGAACUGCAGAAGUUGAAUAUUCGUUAUGAAGAGAUGAGCGAUGGCGAGGAGAAGAAACGACAGCAGAUUGUUGAAUACUGGCAAGGACAAGUGGGCAAACUUCAAGCAAGUCUUGAUCAGCAACAAACCGAAAUACAGUCAUUGAAAGAACGACAAGAAGCUGAACGAACCGAGUGGCGUACGAAGCACGAUGAGCAGAUUGCGAGCAUUGAGAAUCUUUACGAACGUCGACAGAAGUUGUUGGAGGACGAGAAUGCGCGAAUGUCAACUGAAAAUGAAGAGUUGAGGGCCGAAAUCGCCAGAUUAGAAAGCGAAAUGUACGUUUUCGCUGAAAUGGCGUCUUUUGUUAUGUUGUUUUGUUUAAAUUUCUUCAACAGUGGAUCAAGAGUGGCAUCGUUGCCAUUCCCUGGUGCUUCAGGCCUCACCGAAAGUCAACUUCAAGAGUUAUUGCAAUGGGUGAACGACGAAAAAGAUGCUCGCGAUUCACUGCAGAAUCUGGCGAGUCGUCUGCAUGGCGACGUGGAGUCGUUGAAAAUGCAGACGCAACAGACGGUUGUCAACAGUACUGGUGGUGUCAGCAAUCCAUCGACACCUUUCGGAAAUCAAUCGUUCUCGGCCACGUCAUCUGAACGUGGUGGCGGUUGGGGUUCACGGCGAUUGAAUAAACAAACGAAAAUCGAAUUGCUCGAGGCACAACAAGCACUCCAAAGCGAGAUCCGUGCAAAGCAACAACUGCUCGAAGAACUCAAGAACACGCGAUCGGCGUAUUUGGCCACAAAACAACGUUUGGAUGAAGCUGAAAAACAGUUGGCUGCGCAGAGUCGAGAAAUAGAUCGACUCACCGAUGAGAAGGAUCAAUUUGCACGAAUGUUAGCCUCACAACAUCGUCCGGACAUGAUGAGCGACAGCAACUCAUCGUUCUUCAACGUUGUUGGUGAUACGUCGGCGACUGACCGAGUGCCAAAUGGUCGGUUAGCAGCGAGGACAGUGUUAUCGCAACGUGAUAGUACGUCUAGUCAACUGUCAAGUGGAGUUGGAGGUGCUGCGCUAAUGAAUACGAGUGCUGGAUCGAAUAUGAGCGAUUAUGAGGUGUCGAACAGUUCGAUGUUGAGGCAACAACAAGCACUACACGCACAACUGCUGAAACAACAUUCAUUUUCGAGGUACGGUGAUGAUGAGAAUCGUUGUGGUGAUGGUUGGUGGUUUGAUGAGAAGAUGAAGAAGAAGGAUGAGUUGAUCAGUGAUUUGCUUAAUGCUAGUGGUUUGGGCAGCACUACUGCGGCUAAUGAGAGUGUGGCCGAGGAAAAAGACCGAGUUCUUUAUGAGUUACUCGCCGCUCUACUUGAUCGUUUCUCUGCCUUCAUUCACCUUCCGCAACAAGGUGCUCAGAUACCCCCCUUGUUUAACGGUGGCAAUAUGGCUGCUGGUAACACGUCACAUUUUGACCAUAUUCACGCUCUGAUAAAACGCCUCAAUUCGGUCGUACGUCGGCAACGUAGACUAACACCUGAGUCUUUACGAACCGCAUUCCGCUUACACAGUAGCACAACCAGUACAUCAAACAUCACUGCACAGUUCAUUAGUGACACAUCAGAUAAGACGAAACUCUUGAGGAAACAGCAACAGCUAGAACAGGAACAAGAGCAGCAGCGACUGAAACAACAAGAGAAAUUGCUUGAGGAAGAAGAAGAGGAAGAGGAGGAGGAAAGGCAAGAGGAAGAAGAACUCAUCAAUAGUAGUAGUAUAGAGUUAACAGCUAACAUUGCCAAGAAAUCAAAUGCGGGUUGUUCGGCAACGAAAAUUAUACGUUUAGAGAAUCGCACUAAGCAAGAAAGUGUGAAAUCGUCGGUUUUAAUUCAGAAGAAAAAGUUGUCACGAUUGCAAAAAUCCAGAACGGUCACCACAAAAACAACCACAUCAAGAAAGCACAAAGAAGAGCUGGUGAUCGUUCGCAAUAGUGGCAAAAAGACGUUGACUUCAGCGGCUUCAGAGAAAGAAUGUGUGAGAAAAUCUGUUGUUGAGGAGUCCACCUUUAAUAGUAAAGUAUCAUCUGAGACUUGUGUUGCUGCGCCACCAACUUCUCCUCCUCCGCUUUCUCCCCAUCUAUCUCCUAAAGACCGUACUGUCGUCGAGAAUGGUCACAGUUCUAUUAUCCUCGGUGGCGGGGUACCAAAAGAAUAUUUAGUGCCAGUGCAGGUGAUGGGUGAAGAGCCCAUUCGAAAUUCGAACGGAAUCGAUGAGAACACCUCCGCGAUAAUAUCACCGUUGCCUUCGACACAACCACCACUGGCAUCCACGGAUAAAACUUCACUGUCGCCAACCUAUUCUGUUGAUAUGUUCAUUUUCCCACCUAGUAUAGAUAGUAGUGAGAUAGGGUCCAGCCUCGAACCGCCGCUGGUUUCGUCGAAGCAGCAUCGUACAGCAGUGCAGCCGGAAGUGCACGUGAAUGGUGUGCUCCCAAGCGCUGAGAUGACGACGUCACUAUCAACUGAUAUGACUUUGUCAUCGCUAGAUGGAGGAGAGUCGGAAACGAUCGCAUCUUCUACUGCUGCAGUUGCUGAUUCAUCAUCCACACCCCCGAGAAUCUUCACGUCAUCACCCAAAUCAUCGCCAAUAGAUAUAAGGUCGAGUCCUACGCCCACGCUUGCCACACCAUCGCCCGUACACGUGACUUUCUCUCCAGCAGCAGCCUAUUACCGAGAUUCUUCAUCGCCGCCAACAAGCCGUUAUGGAACCGCAUCCUCGUUACCCGCAUCAUCGGACCUUUAUAUGAGCUCACCUGUGGAAAGAGAUACGGAAUCGUAUUCGAAGAUACGACGAGAUUUGUCGCUUUCUGCGUUACGACGUAGUGUUGAUAUGCUAUCAUCGUCGGUGCUGCGUAAAAGUUACACGACCGGCUCAGCGUUAGGCAGAGAUUUAGGUUCAUCCACAGCACCGUUUUCGGCUCUCAGCGCUUCAGUUAGCACCACUCACUCAACCAGACCUCCCUACAGGCGAUCGGCCACUGAGCAUUUGACGUUCCGAAGUGCACUCGCGUCACGUCGUCUUGCUCGAGAGCCGUCGCCUGUAAAAUCGCUCUGGAGUAAAUUGCCAUCCGUAUCGGCGCAUAGUCGCAGUAACGAGUUGGGUGUGCCGCGAACAACGUUACGAUCCCUUUCACCGUCGGUGCCGAGACAUUACCACGAAAGCAGAAUGACAACGUCUUAUUCGUCGUCAGGACCAUACAGACAAUAUGAUCGUCCUCGUUUGUCGUCAGUCGACAGUGGUUUCUCUUCCGCGGGAGCGUUCUCACCAAGUGGUCGGACUUAUUCACUGAGUUCAUUGGGUUCAUCCAAUGCACGCUCUACAUCCUCUCGUCUAGAUUCAUUCUCUUCUUCGAAUCCGUCCUCCUCCCUUCUCCGUCGUGACUUAUCCAUACGAGACGUACGUGGUUAUCAGCCAAGCGGUGUGAAUUCGAGCGCAAUGGCCACUUAUGAGAAUGCUCGUGUGCACACACCAACACCAAGCACUGCGUCAACGUUGGUUAUGGGUACACAAGGUCGAGGCGCCAGUCCAAAGGUGAUUCAAUCGCUGAAUAACGCAUUGAAUGGUAAAGGACAUCGCUUUUCACAUAUUCAUCUGCAAACUCCUUCCAAAUGUGCACAUUGUACCUCAAUUCUUGUUGGUCUCGACCGACAAGGUUUAUUUUGUCAAGAUUGUCAGUAUGCAUGUCAUGUAAAUUGUGCACCAAAAGUACCACCUAUAUGCCCAGUCCCUCCAGAGGCACGACGUCCACUUGGCAUUGACCCUCAAAAAGGCGUUGGCACUGCUUAUGAAGGCUUGGUAAAAACACCGAAGCCAGCGGGUGUAAAGCGUGGUUGGCAGUCCACUUAUGUGGUGGUGUGUGACUUUAAACUAUACAUUUAUGAUUGUAACGUUGACAAACAUGGAAAAGCGAUCGAUAUACAUCCGGUUAUACGACAGGUGUUGGACAUGCGCGAUACGGACUUUCAAGUGACCGGUGUAACAGAGGCGGACGUCAUACAUGCGUCGAAAUCGGAUUUACCGAAAAUAUUCCGCAUAACAACGAGCCAGAUUCAUGGAACGUUGCCGAGCUCUUCAUCUGGCGUAAACACCACCGGUUCGACGUCUAGCAACGGAAGUGCUUCUUCAGAAGGUCCAGUCGCUAGACAAUAUACACUGCUGAUGGCUGACAACAAUGAGGAGAAGACCAAAUGGGUGAUUGCACUGAACGAGUUGAAAAGUCUUCUACGCAAAUCGAAACUGCCUGAUAAGAGCGCUUUCAUGGUUAAGGAAGUAUUCGAUUCAAUAACGUUACGUGAGCUUCGAAAUGCACAGUGUGCGACCAUUAUCGAUAAGAACAAGGUGGUGAUGGGAUUCGCCGAACACGGUCUAUAUUGCAUUGAUCUCGAUCGUGAGAGUUUAGCACCGGUGGGCGGUGAAAAAGAGUGCAGCAAGCGAUCAGUGGAACGUAUCGACUAUAAUGCCGAAGAACAGUUGCUCAUGGCUAUGUUGGGACCGCAAAAAGAUCGUCACGUACGGCUAAUCCCAACGGCAGCGUUGGAUGGACGUGAUUUGAAGUGGAUAAAAGUGGCCGAAACAAAAGGAUGUCAUGCGAUGACAAUGGGCGCUGGGAACGGCUCGGAUCACGUCCACUAUUUCUGUGUGGCUGUCAAAAAGACUGUGCUUGUCUAUCAGAUAGAUCGCAGUGAGAAACGGCAUCGCAAACUGCGAGAUCUGGCCAUGCCAGGCCAACCACAGACAAUGACGAUCAUUCGUGGAAAACUCUGUGUUGGAUAUCCAUCAGGCUUUCGAAUGUGGGACUUGAUUGAUAAUUCUACGAUCGCAUUGGUCAAUUUCGAGGACGCUUCUUUACAGUUCUUAAGUCAAACUCUGUAUGAUGCUCAGUUGAUAGUCAAUGUGAGUGGCUAUGAACAGAAAGAGUUCUUGUUGGUAUUCUCGCGAUUGGGGGUCUAUGUGGAUGCGCAAGGUCGUCGAUGUCGGUCUCAAGAGUUGAUGUUUCCGUCGGAACCAUCGCCAGGCGGUUUCGUUUGUAUAAUGCCACAUCUGUGCGUUUAUUCGGAAUAUCAAAUUGAUGUGUUCAACGUGAACAGUGCUGAAUGGGUGCAGACUAUCAAUCUGAAAAAGGCUUUCCCCCUCACACGAGAUGGUCUGCUAACAAUGUGCAUAGUGAACGAUUUGCCGUACGUAGUGCUUCUGUCGGAUAUUCUUUCUGAUGAAGAUGCGCUGAACAUACCCGUUUGGACACCGACAAAUGUGGCACAUAACACGUCGUCGUCAAUUUCAAUCAGCAAAGGAGCAGCGGGCAUGAUCAGUGGUGGACCAGGGGGACCGCGACGCCGAAGAAAAUUCUCAAUUCGAACACCGCGAGACGAUGAUAAGCAUUCACGACCCGGUGAACGUCGAAGUCAACUGCCAAUCAGUGGACCGUCAGAUUUUGUGCAUAUCGUACAUAUGGGUCCUGGAGCGGGACUGGAACUGCAGAAUUUGAUCGAUUUGAAAAACUCGUCGUCUUCGUCGUCGGCCGCACACAAUAAUAGUAGUGUUUCGAUUGGGAGUGGUGCGGUCGAUAAGGUGCGUCAAUAUAUAAAUCCAAUAAUGCGAUCGACGAGUUCCACAAGCGCGAGUGUGCACGGUGUGCAUGCGUUCAGCACGACGAAUCGACGCGAGAUCGAUCUGAUGCAGUCGAAAACAACUAGACCGUUGAGUUCACACAGCAAAAGCUCGGAUGGUGAGUUGUUCUGA